AUGGUCAGAGCGCUCCUCAUCGCCGCCCUAGCCUGUGCGGCCCUCGCAAUCCCCGUCCCCGCCCCCGUCCCGGCCGACGGCCCCGCUUUGGCCGACGACGCUUCCAUCCCCACAAUGGAAGAGCUCGAGGACCCGGCCCUUGCGGUCCCCGCCCAGGCCAACGACGCUGCGAUUCCUGACGCUACGGAGUGGACGUCGGCGGAUAAGGGUGACGAGGGUGGUGUCGGAGACGUCUCCGAACCUAAACUCCCUGUUCAGAGGCGGGUUGUCGAUACCGAGGAUCUUGAUACCAGUGCCCUUGACACUAGCGCCCUUGACACCAGCGCCCUCGACACCAGCUCUCUAAACACCGACACCCUCACCACCGCCCUCAACACCGAGUCUCUCGAUACCAGCGCUCUGAACACCGACUCCCUCACCUCCACCCUGCCCACCUCCUCCAACACCAAGCGCAGGAGUGCCGUAAUGUGGUGA